AACGUCUUUAUAUAUGUACAUUUACCUAAAUAUGUGUCUGCUGAUGUUCUUAAACCCAUAUAGCUUUGGAUAGUUGUUGAAAACUAAAUAUUUGGGAUAUCACAUGACUAUAGUCACGUUUCCUUGUCAUUUUUUAACCUUGUAUUAGAAAUGUAAACUGGGAAAUCUAUUACAUUGUUUUAUCUUUUUAUGGAUUGCCCAAUUUUGCACAGCUCCUGUUUUUGGAGAUGUUUGACUUCCUCUGUGAGUAUAGUAAGGAUUUAAAUUAACUUGACUUAUUUUAUUUCCAAUCUCAUCUGGUCUUGAUCAAACACGUUGUAUGAAGACUGAUGAAUAAAAGCACAAAUCUGAGUAAAAAUUCUCGUUUCUGUCCCCUUGACGAACAGACUGCAUUACCCAGAAUCCUCAGCUCAAAACAGACAACACCGGCAGCACAUGCGUUAUCAUGGCGGCCCUCGCUAAAAAGAUGGUUGGUGUUUCUGACGACUCCAGCAGUAGCGACGAAGAAGUGUUAAAAAGAUGUCAGGAGGCCGCUUGGGAGACACGAAGUGACACAAAGAAAGAUGGGGACAACAAAGUGCAACCGUCAAAGCGUUUGGUUGUCGCUGACCACGAACACGAUUGCAACGAGCUCCAGGUCACACAGGGGUUUCGAACGCACGUUGCUAAAAAGUUGGGACAUUUUCUUGACCGUUCCAUUACAGAAAUGUGUACUGACACUUUAUCCUGCGUGGAAUCAGCAACAUGUGAUGAUGAAGGAUUUCUUCUGUUUUCUACGUCGGUACCGGGACAGGUAGCUGAUGAUUCUCCAGCGCCGGUGAAGCGUCGGCCUGUUCCCAGCUCAAGUGAGAGCGACAGUGAGAUGGAGACGAGGCUGAGGGAGGCAGCGGUGUCUGUAAAAGAUCUCUUACUCGAAUCGUCAAUGCUCCAGACAUUCUCCACUCCCUCAGCAGAGCUUCCCUGCUCAGAAAAAAUAAAGAAAGAUGCAGAGGGACAGGAGAGUCCGGUUGUGAAGAAGAAGAAGAAGAAGAAGAAAAGGAAACAGAAUCAAGAACAGGUGUUACGGAGAUUCAGAGAGUCUUUGAAUCAUCAAAGCUGUAUCAUCCCUGUGGUCCCUGACUCCAGGGUUUUCUGGAAAGUUACACCAGAGGUAGCUGUCCAUCCUAAACACAAAGUCCAGCUGAUAGUGAGGAGACAUUGCCAGAGCACUUCUACUGUGCAGUAGAGACCAUUUGUGUAGGGAUGU